AGGUUUGAUAUUGGCGAGACCAGUCCAGUCUACUUAUUAUCCCCGCCCCACAGCGGGGUUGUCCCAAAGCGACACAUCUCACUGGUAGAUGUUUUCUGGUCGGGGCCGGGGCCAAAAGUAGACCAAUUCCCUUUCCGCUUGCACCAUCCGCCCUGCCGCAACCAGAAAAAAAUGGUCCAGUUAGAUGGCACGCUUUGGUGACCCCCUCUGUGGGGCGGGGGCACUAAGCUGACCGUGGGGGCCUUGUUUGGAAUUUUAGAUUAUAGGGGCGUGUCCAGUGCUUAUCUUCACCCUUAACGAUCUUUGAUGCUAGUUCGGUGGGAAAUCAACACUGUCACGUUGAAUCACACCACCAGGCACCGAGAAGCUUGUUGUGAACCGUUUUGCCCUGUGUGUGUUUGGGUUUUCUAUUUCAAGUGUCACGGAAUUCUUCAAUUUGAAACCAUUAACAGGAUACUGCUUCAUGUGUACAUGGUCUGAAAGAAUAAACAAAUGAUAGCUUUCCUCCGAGACCGAAGGGGAUGUCUCUUAGCUGGGCUCCAGACCGUUGUGUGCUCAGAAUAAGCCGAGCGGUAAAGGUGUGGCAAGGUCGGCAUUCUGCAUCGUUUCCACUGCGACACGCCUGUCAGAUCCAUGUCCGGCCAUCUCACAGCCGCAAGGUUGGCCACCUUGGCUGGAAGAGCGUCCAGACUCCAAAGAGUAGAAGUCGCGGUAAGCAAUGGCUCUGCAGAGCUAGCCAGGUGAGACACAGGCUUGGACUCCACACCGGUGCCGGUUCAUACGCCUCCUCGUCACGCUGGUCUGCUGGCCUGAGCCACACCAUGUCACGGUUCAGGAGCACCCUGGACUCCGUCUCCAAGGCGGUGAGUGGGACCCACGCAGAGCUCCUCUCCAAAAUUGCCCGACUGAGAGCCCAACCGAAACAGAAGGCCAUUGAGGCAGGGAGGACGGUGGACACCGUCCCGGAGACGGGCCUAACACUGCCGGGUCCGGGCGCCGCAGGGCCCCCAGCACCUACCUCCACGCCUGCCCCUGCCCCUGUCCCUGCUGCUACCGCUUCUACACCUCCUCCCCUUGCUUCCCCUGCUCCUCCUGCUCCUCCACCUGGCACUACUCCUGGAAUGACCCCUAGCAGCCCUCCCGUUGCCGCCCCUACAGCUCACCCCUCCAGUUCCGGGGCGGCAGUCUCAGAGCCCAGGCUGAAGAGGGUGCAGCGUGCCGCCAAAGCACCCGCGGCCCCAGCCAGUGGGGUUGUCAACGGGACCGCCGGAAGGGGAGAGCAGUCGGUUAAGCCGCCGACAGCGGCUAAGACCACCACCACCGCAGUCUCCAAACAGACAGCCCCGCUCUUCCACCCAGGCUCCCUGUCUGCCAACCUGGAUGAAACGUACAACUACCUGGCCCAGCACAUCAAUUCCUAUUUCGGCGCCACACAGCACCAUGGGAAGAAAGCGGAGAAUGCCAGCAAUGGCGCCAUUUCCACUCACCGGCUGCCUGUGUCAGGCAAAAUGACUGCUGUGCCGGCCUUCGCCGCCACGCCCCCAAGUGCCCAAUCGUCCCCUAAGAAGGGCUUCGGCCGUUACCUGUCCUACUCCGGGGACACGGUCCAGGCCUUUGUGGGGAGCGUGGGGAGCUACAUCGCUCCCCUGGUCCCCAGGUUUAGCAGGGCGUCAGCUGCCACUGGGACUCCAGAGGUGGAGAGUGAGCCGCUGGAGGAUGAAGAUGUCGGAGCCAAGCAGCGGCCAAGAGAGGCGACGGAGAAGAUGGACCCAAAGGCCUCAGAAGAGCGAGCCAAGAGACUGCAGCUACAAAGAGAAAAGAUCAUAGCCAGGGUCAGUGUGGACAACCGGACCCGGGCUCUAGUCAAGUCAUUACAGCGAGCGUCGGAGGUCAGGGUGUACGUCAACAGAGUGGAGGAGCUCGGCUAUCACCUCCUGGAGUUCCCGGAGACCCGUGGGGUGGCCGUCAAGGAGAAAGUGAUCCCAUGCCUGCUGCGUCUUCGUCAGGCUGAAGACCUGUCCCUGAAGGCGGCGGUCAGAGAGGCCCUCACCUUGGUGGGGUACAGCAACCCUGUCAAAGGCUGGGGGAUUCGGGUACUGUCCAUCGACGGAGGGGGAACCAGGGGACUGAUUGCCCUGCAGACUCUGCAGAAACUGGAAGCCCUCACUGGCAAACCCAUCCACGAGCUGUUUGAUUACAUCUGUGGUGUCAGCACAGGAUCCAUCCUGGGCUUCAUGCUGGGGCUGUUCCAGAUCCCUCUGAACGAGUGUGAGGUUCUCUACAGGAAGCUGGGUUCUGAUGUCUUCAAGCAGAACGUCAUCGUGGGAACCGUCAAGAUGGGCUGGAACCAUGCCUUCUAUGACUCAGAGACCUGGGAGAACAUACUCAAGGAGAAAAUGGGCGCUGAUCUGAUGGUGGAAACAUCACGAAACCCCAAUUGCCCAAAGGUGGCGGCAGUGAGCACCAUAGUGAACAGAGGCACUCCCCUCAAGGCCUACGUGUUCAGGAACUACAACCUCCAGCCGGGGGUGCGCUCCCACUACCUGGGGGGCUGUGAACACCAAUUGUGGCAGGCUGUGAGGGCAUCCUCCGCUGCCCCCGGGUACUUCCAGGAGUUUGCGCUGGGCAACGACCUCCACCAGGACGGAGGUCUUCUCAUUAACAACCCCACAGCGUUGGCCAUCCAUGAGUGUAAGUGCCUGUGGCCCGACACGCCGGUGCAGUGUGUGGUGUCCCUGGGGACGGGCCGUGUGGAGACUGCCGGCAAGAACAACACCACCUACACCAGUCUGAAGACCAAGCUCACCAACGUCAUCAGCUCUGCCACCGACACAGAGGAGGUCCAUGUCAUGCUGGACGCACUCCUGCCCCCUGAUACUUACUUCCGCUUCAACCCCUACAUGAACGAGGACAUCGCCCUGGACGAGAGUCGUGGGGAGAAGCUGAACCUCCUGCAGGCCGAGGGCCUCCGUUAUCUGGACCGCAACCAGGAGAAGCUGCAGAAGGCCGCCCGGAUCCUAGCCCAGGGGAAGAGUCCAGCCCAGAGGCUGGCCGACUGGGCCAAGCUCAAAGCAGACAUGUACGACGGUAUCCCAGGGUUCAGCUCCAAGCUGUAGGGAGGCGAAAGCUUGACCACACAACAAACACUACCUGAAACUAAACUCUCUUCUGACAUGGAAUCCAUACAUCCAACCAUAGAUUAUAUUAUGUGUAUUGCAGAUAGUGUCAGACAUUCACUGUCGUGUGUGUGUGGAACUACGACUCCUUCAGGGCUAAAAUAGGACACACAGUAAACAUGUUCACUCUGGUGAUACAGUUUGUGAAUGCAGACGGUAAGGCACCCCAAAACACAGUCAUCACACCAUCCUACCCCAUGGGCUUUAAUGGGGCUGUUCUCAACCGUGGUGUCCCCCCCCAACACAUUAGCACACUGUUUUUACUGUGACUGUGUCUGAAUGGUAGUUCGUCCCCCUAAUUGUCAGUGUUUCUGUGGAGGAAGUCAUGGUCCACCUGUCUCUUGUCAGUCAUGCGUGAGAGCGGGGAACAUGCUACAAACUGGCCAAGACUCAAUGCAGCCUUGCACUGUCUUCCAAAUGGCAUCUUCACUACACAUGUAGGGUCUUUGAGCCACUUUGUUUCGUCAGAAAAAUGGAUUGGCAGCAACAGCAAACAUGAAGUAUUGUGUGGGUUAUAAAGAAUGCUUUUUUUUGUCUGUGUUGAAAAAACAUUGCGUAAGGUUAUGUCUGACAUUUUAAGUGGAAUUUUGGAUUUUUUUAAGCAAUACAAUACAAUUACAUUAAAAAGGAAUUACAAUACAAUUACACUACAAUACAAUAACAUUUAGCCUUUUUGAGCUAUAUGGGAGAACUGUGGCCACAGCAUGAUUGUUUUGUCCAGGGGCUCUGCUCAUAACUAGUGCUCAAUACAUGGAAGAGGGCGCUAUUGUUGACAGAUAUUAACAUCAUCUGUCUUAUGUGGACUGACUGUUCUAACAUCUUUCUGCUGUGGACUGACUGUUCUAACAUCUUUCUGCUGUGAACUGACUGUUCUUCUAACAUCUUUCCUCUGUAGACUGACUGUUCUAACAUCUUUCUGCUGUGGACUGACUGUUCUAACAUAUUUCUGAUGUGGACUGACUGUUCUUCUAACAUCUUUCCUCUGUGGACUGACUGUUCUAACAUCUUUCUGAUGUGGACUGACUGUUCUUCUAACAUCUUUCCUCUGUGGACUGAGUGUUCUAACAUUAUCUUCUGAUCACUGUUUGACUGACCAGUUUGUUUUCCACAAAUUUCUGGGUGAAAAAUAUUCCUCACACUUUAUUGAUUAUCUUUGCACCUACAUUUUGAUUGAAUGUUUUUUGUUUUAACUUUAACUGACUUGAACACAAUCUGCCACCAGUCAGUUGUUAUUGGGAGGAUCUAUAAACCAGAACAGUUUAAAAAGGCUUUUAAAAUGAUUAUUGGUUGUCACGUCCAGUGUUUUCAUUUUAGGGUUUUACUUGAACACCCGCCUCAGAAAGACAAUUCGGCUCACAUAUUCCUACAGUGGUCAUUUGUCUUGUACUUUAGCACCAAUGCAGAUCGAAGUCCUUGGUUUGGAUCAUUUUAUCAUUGCUGCUGAUGUCGUCUCAUGCAUGAGGUUGUAAUGUAGUGGAUGUAUGCUGUAUAAAAUGUUCAUAAGCAAUGUCCCAUCGUUUUUAGAAUGAAAAACACUGACCUGGCUAGUAGGACUGCAGCUGCCAAUCCAGAUUUGUGUGUGAGCACUUAACUGUCUCUGUGUCUGAUUUCAGAAAUACACAGUGAUAUAAAGACUGAGCAAUAUGUAUUACUACUUACUAAUGCUGUUGUGGAUUGAAAACCCUCUUGAAUUAACCAGAAUGAAGAAUACUGUGUUAUAUUUGGUGUAGAUCCAAUUUUUAUUUUGAAUAUGUUUUAUUUUUUGCUCAGGUUAAUGAGAUGAUUGUUGUGUCAUUUACUUGCUGUUAUGUAUCCACUAUAACGUGUAAAAGCAUCUUUCCCAUCUUCAACAUACCAUUUUCUAACAGAGCUGGGAUUGACUACUAUUAGAAACCCAAUUUAAAAGCUAUCUGUUCUUGUCUGAGCUUGCCUACUGGAAUGGAACCAAUAUAUUCGUCCCAGAAGUGCAAAUCCUGCCCAUCUGUUACUCCAGGGAGGCAAGACUGGCUUUCCAAGGGCAACUUAAAUGUUCCCUUAAUUUUUUGGGAGUAGUUUAGAAUAGAUCUACUGGGUAACAGCACUUCAAGGCAGCUUGGGUGGGUAUUAAAACACAGUGGGUCUGGAUGAACAAAUUAAAUAAAAGUUUAAAAUC